AUGGUACGUGGUAACAAGAUCCAAGGUCCAGUCCCCAGACCACCACCUUCCAUUCUCGACUAUAGCUUCUCCAAUAACAGUUUCAGUGGAGAAAUUUCUGCAACCUUCUGCAAUCCGCCUUACGUGUAUGCCCUUGAUUUGUCAUUCAACAACUUGAGUGGCAUGCUUCCACAAUGUUUGUUCGACAAGGUGAACAAUUUGAACAUUUUAAAUCUCGAACAAAACUUCUUCCGCGGAACCAUUCCUGAAACAUUAACGAAUGAAAGUAAGUUGAGGAUGAUCAACUUAGGUCAUAAUGCACUGCAAGGAACAUUACCGAGGUCAUUGACUAAUCAUACAAUGUUAGAGUUUCUAAAUCUUGGUGACAAUCAGAUUAGUGACACAUUCCCCUUUUGGUUGGGAGCUCUGAAUAAUUUGCAGGUCCUCAUUUUAAGAUCCAACAAAUUUUUUGGUGUUGUUGGAAGCCCUGCAACAGGUUUCGAAUUCUCCACAUUGCGAAUCAUUGACAUCGCCAACAAUGGUUUCACCGGCAUUCUACCAUCUAAGUACUUUCAGAAGUGGAAUGGCAUGAGAAAUUUUGAUGUGGAUCACUUUUCGUAUAUGGCACAAAAUACGACCUUGGUUAAGAAAGGUGUUAGCAUGGAAUUUAGUUUCGCGUCACAACAAAUUUACAAUUAUCAGCUAACUUUGGUUAACAAAGGUGUCAACAUGGAUUAUAAGAAGAUACCAAAAGUCCUUGCAGCUAUCGAUCUUUCAAGCAACAAAUUUGAAGGGGAGAUCCCCGAAUCCAUUACAACUUUAAAGAAUCUCCUUUUUCUUAACCUUUCCAACAACUUCCUCUCCGGCCACAUCCCAUUGGGUAUAGAAAACCUCAGUGCUCGAAUCAUUGGAUUUUUCGAGCAACAGGCUUUCAGGAAAUAUUCCACUGGAGCUCUCCCAGCUCACCUCAUAGGUCCUAUUCCACAAGGAAAACAAUUUGCUACAUUUGAGAACAAUUCAUACAAAGACAACUUGAGAUUGUGUGGAAAGCCAUUGUCUAAGUUAUGUGGAAAUGCAGGGGAAUUGCCUCCAUCACCUUCGACUGGUGAAGAUGAUCAGGGAUCGGGUGGUUUUUCAUCAUAUGUUUUGUGGAUGGUGGUUGCAAUAGGAUAUGCAAGUGGACGAGCUGUUGGAGUUGUCGCCGGACAAAGAUUCACCGCAUCGAAACAUGAAUGGUUUGUGGAAACCUUUGGCAGGAGGCAACAAAAUAGGAGAAGGAUUGGAAGAAGGGGACAGAGAGUUUGA